AUGCAUAUCCUGAAACUUGAUGUUAAGAGCACACAACGUCCGCGCCGCAUCGGGGUCCUUGGCCAGCACGGAGGCACACGCCGCCUCUUCGCCGUUCAAGCCAGCCUCAGCGCCCGCACCGUCAACCGCCCGGUCCACAUCCGCCGCCAUGCGGCGGUACAUCUCCGCGCACAGCUCCUGGAUCUUCAUAUCCUCGGAAUGCAUCAGCGGCAGAUAGAACCACUGGCGCAGCGCGAGCCGGUACUUCACGCCCGGGGAGGUGGGCACACCAGCCUGAAUGGCGCGCAUGGCAACCCCCAGCGCCAGCGGGUCAAAGACCUCGAAGACGGCGGCAGCCUCGCCGUCGCGGUAGCAAUUGCGCGGCAGCUGGUCCAGCAGGAGGACGAGGCCGAGCCAGUCCUGCGCUGCGGAGGGCUGGACCAGGUCGAGGAGUUGGUCUGCUGUAGGGGAGGCCGCUCUGAUUGA